GUGGCAUCAUAUACGACAUAUCUCAUCCCACAAGGCUUAUCAUCUUUGGAGUUUUUACUUUGAGACUCCAAACCUAAAAUGGCAGACGUGAUUCUUGUCUCUUCGAGCAUUGUUCGGCCGGAAAACAUAAACCAGUCUUGUCGGACAAAGAUCCAUCUAACCCCCUAUGAUCUCAAACUUCUUUAUUUUGCUUAUCCUCAAAGAGGUCUCCUCUUUUCCAAACCCGACCAGGAAACCCAUAUCAUCCCUAAACUAAAGGCUUCUCUUUCUGCUGCCUUAGAGAUCUAUUUCCCGUUAGCUGGUCGUCUCAUCACGAUAGACAAUCCCGAAGACAAUACGGUGUCGUAUUACCUUGACUGCGACAGCUCAGGCGCCAAAUUCAUUCACGCCAAAGCCGAACUCGUCUCCAUCAACGAUUUGCUUCAGCCUCACGACUCUGUUCCCAACUUCACACGGUGUUUCUUUCCCGCGAACGAUCUCAAAAGCUCUGACGGCAUCUCUGAGUCCUUGAUACUAUUACAAGUUACCGAGUUGAAGGAUGGAGUUUUUAUCAGCUUCGGUUACAAUCACAUGGUGGCUGAUGGUUCUUCCUUCUGGAAUUUCAUCCAAACUUGGUCCACAAUCUGUCUGAACGGUUCAAGUUCUCAUAUUCAGCCUCUUGUUCUCAAGGAGUUGUUCCUCGAGGGAAUCGAUUAUCCUAUCCAUAUUCCGGUUCAGGAAAGGAAGAUACCACAAAAAUUUGAAAUUCCGUCUAAAGAACGAGUUUUCCACUUUGCGAAGAAGAACAUCUCAGACCUCAAAGUUAAAGCCAAUGAAGAGAUAGGUUCUUCAGAUCUAAAAGUCUCGUCUCUUCAAGCGGUUUUAGCACAUAUAUGGCUAUCUAUUAUCAAACAGAGUGGUCUAAACCGUGAAGAAGAGUCUCAUAUUAUAGUAGCUGCGGAUAUGAGACGAAGGUUGAACCCACCUCUUGACACAGCGUGUUUUGGUAACGUGACACACCAAGCGAUGGCUACAGCAAGGGUGGGAGAGAUGUUGGAUCAUGGGCUAGGCUGGGCUGCUUUACAAAUAAAUGAGCAAGUGAGGUCGCUAACAAGUGAAAACUACAAGACUUUUGCGGAGACUUGGGUCAGAAAUGUUAAGCUCCCACAACCAAAGAUAAGUGGUGGACUUAGAAAGGCUGAUACUUAUCUGGUGGUCACAAGCUCUCCAUGGUUUGAAGUAUACGACAACGAUUUCGGUUGGGGAAAACCAAUUGCGGUUCGAGCCGAACCAAAUAAUGGUUUUGGUGUCUCCCUCGUAGUAUUUAGAGGAGUUGAAGAUGGAAGUAUUGAUGUUCAUGCGACCAUACCCUUAUCCAUAUGGUCUGAUGUAUUAGUGAACCUGUCUACCGAUGUUUAAAUUGGGGGGAAAAUGUUAGACCACUAUAUGAUUUUGUUGGUCUAAUAAGACCUAUCCUUCUAUGAAAUGUAAUAAUUUUAAUACAUGUCAAAAUCAUACAUAUUCAGAAUUUUGUAGUA